UUAAACACGAAGGAAAACUGUUUGUGGAUAGAUAAACCCAGGCCCAACUCAUCAACAUGAAGAUCUAUGCUCUAGCAUUGCCCGCUCUACUGCUACUGGCGCUGGCAGCACCUGGCGAGGCCACCUUUGGCAAGCUGGGCCUGGUGGUGGGCGGCACUGGCGGCGGCUAUGGCGCAGCCUAUCCAUAUUCAGCCGGUGGCUAUGGUGGUGGCUACGGCGGCGGAUACGGCGGUGGCUACGGCGGCGGCUAUGGCUACGGCAACGAGAACAUAGUCAAGGUGAUCAAGGUAUCGGUGCUGCCCAGCGGAGGAUAUGGCGGCGGCUAUAGCGGUGGCUAUGGAGGCGGCUAUGCCAGCGGUGGCUUCGUUGGCGCCGCUCCGGUCAUAUCCACCUCGGCCGUUGUCACGCCCGUGGUGACGUCGGUGGCAACACCUGUUAUAGCCGGCGGCAUUGGCGGUGGCUAUGGAGGCGGCUACGGCGGCGGCUAUGGCAGUGGCGGCUACUCCGGCGGAUACAACCAGGGCUACUAUACACAGUCCAGCCGUCCAGUCUAUAGCUCAGGCGGCGGUGGAUAUGGCGGCAGCUACGGCGGUGGUUAUGGCGGCGGCUAUGGCGGUGGCUACGGCGGUGGUUAUGGCGGCGGCUAUGGCGGUGGUGAACAAGUCAUCAAGGUCAUCAAAGUGAUUGAGCAGCCUCAGAGCUAUGCUCGUUCCAGUGGCGGCUAUGGCGGUGGUUAUGGCGGUGGCUAUGGUGGUGGUUAUGGCGGCGGCUAUGGCGGUGGCUAUGGCGGCGGCAGCAGCAGCAGCUAUGCCUCUUCCAGCAGCUACGCAAGUGCCGCUCCCGUGCAGACCAUCCAGACCAGCGCUGUGGCUCAGGCCGUGCCAGCCAUAAGCUACUCCGCUCCCGCACCAGCGCCAGUGACCUAUUCCGCUCCGGCACCACAGCCCGCUCCGAUUACGUACUCAGUGCCCGCACCACAGCCCGCUCCGAUUACGUACUCGGUGCCCGCACCACAGCCGGUGGUGCGCGUGCAGCCAGCACCAGUGACAUACAGCGUGCCCGCACCACAGCCGGUGGUGCGCGUGCAGCCAGCUCCAGUCUCAUAUUCAGUGCCCGCACCACAGCCCGUGGUGAACGUGCAGCCAGCUCCAGUCUCAUAUCCAGUGCCCGCACCACAGCCCGUGUCGCGCCAAUACGUGAAGACCAUCAAGGUCAUUGUCGACGAUGCCAACAGCGGCGCCAACCACCUGCCCAGCCCAGUCUACGGACCGCCCGCGGGCGCUGGCAGCGGCUGGAACGGUGGCUGGAGCAACGGUGGUGCCAGCUACAACAAUGCUGGCUGGAACAACGGUGGUGCCAGCUACAACAACGGCGGCUGGAAGAGCGGCGGCAUCUGGGAGAAAUUGGCGUCCGGCUGCUAAGCAGCUCAGCAGCUGCCACACCCUUAUCCCCCACGCCCCCACGAGCUUGCUACACUAACUGC